AUGGCCAACGUUGGUUUGGCACAAAUUGAACAGAAAUCUUUUAGCGGACUCGGUAAUCUGACGAAGUUGGACAUUCGUAAUAAUAAGUUGCACAAUUUGGAGCCGAAUGUAUUUGCUGAAAUGGAGAAUUUGGAAGAACUGAACUUGGAGAAAAAUGAUGUCAAUAGUUUGUUUCUCGUUUUUGUAGGCUUGUCCAAUUUGAGGCAACUGUAUUUGGGCGGAAAUAAAAUUGUGAAUAUAGAGGGUGGUUUUGAAGGUCUAUACUCUUUGGAAGUUCUAGACUUAUCUUGUAAUUUUAUACAGGAUUUGUCAUAUUAUUUUUGUGGUAUGAUCAAUCUGCAUACCUUACGCCUUAGUCAGAAUCAUCUAAACACUUUGCAUCGAUCAGGAUUUUAUUGUUUGACAUUACUAAGAUUCUUAGAUUUGAGCCACAAUCAAUUAGAAGUCUUGCCAGACGUUUUCACCAAUUUACACAACCUACAGGAGCUCGAUGUCAGUGGAAACAAAUUAACUAUUAUCGGAAUUUCACUAAAUUAUGGUUUGAGGAUAUUGAGUUUGUCCAAUAAUUCCUUGAACACGUUCAAUGCAACAGGAUCGUGGUGGAAUAUUGAAGAGUUACACGUUGACCACAAUCAGCUAUCAGAUUUGGAAUUUAUUGACACUAUGAAGCAUAUGCCGAGUUUGAGAAAGUUGUCUUUAGGUUUUAACAAAUACUCUUGUGCAGACUCCAGAGAUCUAACCAGCUACGCUUUUGAAAAUGGUGUGACACUUCUUCCUUUUCCCACCAUUCUACUUGCACAAUGCCAAGACUCGACCAUGAAACCUAGAACCGGCACCAGAAAUAGAUCUUCAACUUACGACCAUCCACAUUAUAAAACAUCUUUGAUGGUUGGAGUAUCUUUAGCGUCGAUUCUGCUCUUCUUUGUCUUGACAUUAGGCUUCAUAGUUCUGUGCCAUAAAUUUGGCAAGUUGUUGCCAAGUAUUCACCGUAGGGGUAAAAAUAAGGAAGUUGGUGAUCGGGUACAAGAUUGUGAUGAAGUUUAUAUGACUGUCGACUGA